GCAGCCGGCGGGUCUUCUCCCCUUCGGAGGGUCCCGGUCCCGGUCCCGGGCGGGGGGCGAUGGGGGGGGCUCAGCCCGGCGCUGUUGACGCUGUUGGCGGCCGCCGCCGCCGCCCUGGACUCGGGACCGGCCCCGCCUGCACUGUGGUUCCUGGAGCCCCCCUCCAACCUCACGGUGUCACCGGGGCGGGUGGUGCGGCUUCGGUGCCGGGUGGGGGGCUCCGGGGACCCCCCAGAGCUGGGCUGGCAGCGGGACGGGGCACCCCUGGAUGGUGACAGCGACCAGGCCCAGGUGCCCCUCGGCGAUGACCUCUGGGUGGCCACCAGUCAGCUCAGCAUCCCGGCUGUGCAGCCCUCUGACGUGGGGCGAUACCGGUGCUGGGCGCGAUCUGGGGGGGAGCAGCUCCUGUCUCCCGAGGCCCACCUGCAGCUGGCAGGGCUGCCGUUCUUCUGGGAGGAGCCACAGGACCUGGAGGUGGGGGUCGACACCCCCUUCAACCUCAGCUGUGGUGCCCGAGGCCCCCCAGAGCCCGUUCAACUGCUCUGGCUGCAGGAUGGGGCCCCCCUCACCCCUCUGCAAGAACCCCCAGCCCAGGGGACCCCCGCCACGCUGCUGAUCCCCGGCCUGAACCACAGCAGCUCCUUCUCCUGUGAAGCCCACAACCGCCGCGGCGUGGCCACCUCCCGCACGGCCAUUGUCACUGUUGUGCCCCAGCGCCCCCGAAACCUGGGGCUGGUCCAGGGGGGGCCGCGGUGGCUGGAGGUGUCCUGGGAGCCAGGGGCCAGCGGGGAGACCCCCCUGCGGCUCUGCACCAUCCAGGCAGUGGCAGAGGAUGAGGACCUGAGCAGUGUACCUCCGGGGGGGCUCUACAACCGGGUGGUCCCGGUGCCCCCCUUUGCCCACCGCAUCGAGGGACUCCGGCCCUUCGCCACGUACCGGACCCGGGUCUGCUGCCGUGGUGCCCACCGCCCCUCGCCCUGGACCCACUGGGUGCCCAUGGCCACGCUGGAGGGCGCACCCGGGGCCCCCCCUGAGAACGUGACAGCGGAGCGCGAGGGGCGGCGCGCACGGGUCCGAUGGGCAGCACCACGGGGGCCCCUCAAUGGGGCACUGAGGGGCUACCGGGUGGGCUACCGCAAUGCCCCCACCCCCGAGGUGGUGCUGGAUGUGGGGCUGACGCAGGAGGUGACACUGGAUCUGGCCCCGGGGGUGCAGAACCUGUCGGUGCGGGUGGCCCCCUACACUGGGGGGGGGGACGGGCCCUGGAGCCCCCUCAUCCUGCUGCCAGCCCCUGGAGAGGCACCGUUGGAGACGCAGCCUGUGCUCCUGGCGCCAGGGCUGGCCCAGGGCUGGUGGCCAGCGGUGGUGGCCCUGUCCCUGUCCCUGCUGGCGGGGCUGGCGCUGGCCCUGGCCGUCCUGGCAGCGCGGCGCCGGCGGAAGGGGACACGGUUGGGGGAGGCCUUCGGGGGGGCGACCGUGCAGUACCGCGUGCGCAGCUCCUACAGCCGCCGCAGCGCCGAGGCCACCUUGAACAGCCUAGGCAUCAGCCAGGAGCUGAAGGAGAAGCUGCGGGACGUCAUGGUGGACCGGCACCGGGUGGCCCUGGGCAAGACCCUGGGCGAGGGGGAGUUCGGCUCUGUCAUGGAGGGGCAGCUCAACCAGGACAAUGGCAUCCUCAAAGUGGCUGUCAAGACCAUGAAGAUUGCCAUCUGCUCCCGGGGGGAGCUGGAGGACUUCCUGAGCGAGGCCGUUUGCAUGAAGGAGUUCGACCACCCCAACGUCAUGAAGCUGAUCGGGGUGUGCCUUCAGAGCUGGGGGGCUGAGGGGCUCCCCGCCCCCGUCGUCAUCCUGCCCUUCAUGCAGCACGGGGACCUGCACAGCUUCCUGCUCUGCUCCCGCCUGGGGGGCAGCCCAGUGGCGCUGCCCCCCCGCAGGCUGGUGGGGUUCAUGGCUGACAUCGCGGCCGGCAUGGCCUACCUGAGCCGCAGGAACUUCGUGCACCGAGACCUGGCUGCCAGGAACUGCAUGCUGGACGAGGGGCUCCGCGCCAUCGUGGCGGAUUUUGGGUUGUCCAAGCAGAUGGGGGGGGGUCAGUACUACCGGCAGGGCCGGGUGGCCCCCGUCCCCGUCAAGUGGGUAGCCCUGGAGAGCCUGGCUGACCGUGUGUACACCACCAAGAGUGACGUGUGGUCCUUCGGGGUGACAAUGUGGGAGAUUGCCACGCGGGGCCAGACCCCCUACCCUGGAGUGGAGAACAGCGAGGUCUACGACUACCUGCGGCAGGGGCACCGCCUGCGGCCCCCCCCCGCAGUGCCCCCCCCACCUGUACGAGCUGAUGCUGCGGUGCUGGGCUGUGGACCCCCGGGAGCGGCCAAGCUUCGAGGAACUGGGGGGGACCCUCGGGGCCACCCUGCGGGGGCUGCCCUCCCCCACCCCCCCCCCACCCCCCCCGACCCCCUCUACGUCAACAUGGAGGAGGCAGGGGGAGCCACCGGGGGCCCCCCUGACCCCAGCAAGAAUGAAAAGGAUCCCCCAGCCCCCCAAGCACCCCCGCUGCCUGAGGGGGGCCCUGGGCGCUAUGUGGUCUGCCCUGCUCCUCCCGAGAGUGGGCGCCCCCCUGGGGACCCCCCGGCACCUUGCGCUGCCUCUGAGGAAGGGGCUUGAGUGGGCCCCCCCCACCUCCCCAGCUGCCUCACUGCCAGGGCCCCUCCCGUGCCUUUCCGCUCACUGGACGGACUCGGGGUGCUCCCCCCCCGAGGGACAGGACCCUCCUCCCAGGUACUAGGGCAUCCCAGGGACCCUCCUGAAGGAUGGGACUGCCCCAGGACCCCCCCAGGUACAAAGGCAUCCUGGGGACCCCCUUGCAGGAUGUGACCCCCCCCCCCUAGGUACUAGAGCAUCCCAGGGCCCCUGCCAGGUACUAGGGCAUCCCAAGGACCCCUCACGUUUCUUGGGGCACCCUGGGGUCCCACCCAGGGAUGGGCCACUCCCCAGAAGGCAGGGACACCCUCCUCCCAGCACAAAAUCCUCCCCAGGGACCUCUCCAAAGGCCAGAAGCCCCCCAAGACACCCCCCUUUGCCAGCUCACCACGGCCCUCCUCCCCCCCCUUGCACUUUAUGUGACCUUGGGACCCCCUGCGGGGAGGGGGGGGGGGGGGGGGGCCCAGUGGUUGUCACCCGGGGGGACCCCAUGAACAUCCCCCUCCCAAUGCCAGUCCCCCCAACACACACCCAUAAAGCCCCUUGUCCUGCA